CGCUGUCAGAGCGGGUGUCGUGGCGGCUGGCGUGGAGUUGGCAGGAAUUGCCCCCGGAACUGGGGAAAGUCACUAAAGCGGAGGAAGCAGUGACCCAGUCCGGACGGUGGGAAGUCGUGGGAAUGAGUCGAGGCCCCGCUUGGGUGACGGUGUCACUAGAAGGGGGCCCCUGGUAAAGUUCCAGGCCAGGACUCUGCGUUUCCAGGCAGAACCCGGCCCUUGGUGAGAGGCCCGCGCGAAGCCGGUGUUGCCAGGGAAGCCGGCGUUGCCAGGGAACGCCGGCGUUGCCAGGGAACCCCGCCGUUGUGCCAUCGAAUUCUGAGUGUUUGGAUUCGGACUAGUCCCGUGAAGGCCGACGUUGGAGGACAUUUGGCGGGGAUGUCCGACGGCGCUGGACGCUUUUCUCGGAGCUGACCGCGUCGCUCUCUAAACCCGCAGCGAUGUCGUCCUGGCUUGGGGGCCUCGGCGCCGGCUUGGGCCAGUCUCUGGGUCGAGUGGGGGGUAGCCUGGCUUCCCUCACUGGCCAGAUUUCAAAUUUGACAAAAAAUAUACCGAUGAAGGGCGCGGAGGAAGUGGAAGAAUCACCUAAUUCUAGGAGAACGGAAAUUGAAGCCAUUCAUGCAGUCUUAAAAGCAGAGAAUGAAAGAGUGAAAAAACUUUGUACUGAUCUGGAAGACAAACAUGAAGCCUCAGAGCUUCAAAUAAAGCAGCAAUCUACAAAUUACCAAAAUCAACUACAACAGAAAGAGGUGGAAAUCAGCCAACGUAAAGCAAGACAGAUUGCGCUACAGGAUCAGUUGCUGAAACUGCAGUCAGCCACUCAGUCAGUACAUUCAGGAGCUGGUGGUAUACCAGCAACCCCUGCAUCUUCUUCAUUCAGUUGUGGGAUCGGUCAUCAUGCCUCAGCUUUCCGUGAUGAUAACAUGGACUUUGGAGACAUUAUUUCAUUACAACAAGAAAUAAACAGAUUGUCAAAUGAAGUUUCAAGACUCGAGUCUGAAGUUGGCCAUUGGAGGCAUAUUGCUCAGACUUCUAAAGCACAAGGAACACAUAGCUCUGAUCAAAGAGAAAUCUUCAUACUGCAAAAUAUCAUUAAGGAACUUAAACAGAACCGAAGUCAGGAAAUUGAUGACCAUCAACAUGAAAUGUCAGUAUUGCAGAAUGUACAUCAACAGAAAUUGACACAAAUGCAUCAUCAGUAUCGAGAGGAAUUAAGCUACUAUGAAGAACGAAUUGAAGAACUCAAAAACCUGUUACAAGAAGGUGGCUCAGGAGUUACAGGAACUGAUCACUCUAAAAUCUAUGAGAUGCAAAAAACUAUUCAAGUUCUACAAACUGAAAAAAUGGAAUCUACAAAAAAAAUUGAAGAACUUGAGGAUAAAAUAAAAGACGUAAAUGAAAAAUUAUCUUCUGCAGAAAAUGACAGAGAUGUUUUAAGGAGAGAACAAGAACAACUAAACGUGGAAAAGAGACAAAUAAUUGAAGAAUUUGAAAGCUUGAAACUGGAUUGCAGUACAUUGCAAUCUUAUGCUAUGAAGCAAAGUGAUUGUGUGACAGAAAAGGAAAGAAUUCUUCCACAGAGUACGUCAGUGGAAGAAGUGGUCACACUACAAGAAGCAUUGCCUGAUGCUGCAAAUGAAGUGAGACUGAAUAGUUUAAGCCAGGCUAACAAUCUCACUGAAGACAAUGGGAACCUUAAAAUGCACGUCCAAGUUUUAGAAAAAGAGAAUUCAUUAUUGAGCCAAGAAAAGGGCAAGACUGGGGAGUUAAAUCAGCUUUUAAAUGCAGUUAAGUCAAUGCAGGAGAAGACAGUUACAUUUCAACAGGAGAGAGACCAAGUCACGUUGUCCCUGAAACAGAAACAAAUGGAAAACUAUACCCUACAGAAUGAGGUUCAACAUUUACGUAACAAAGAAUUAUGGUUAAACCAGGAGCUAGAGAGAUUGCGUAAUCAUCUUUUAGAAUCAGAAGAUUCUUAUACCCGUGAAGCUUUGGCUGCUGAAGAUAGAGAGGCUAAACUAAAAAAGAAAGUCACAGAAUUGGAGGAAAAGCUAGUUUCGUCCUCUAAUGCAAUGGAAAAUGCAAGCCAUCAAGCCAGUGUGCAGGUAGAGUCAUUACAGGAGCAAUUGAAUGUAGUCUCCAAGCAAAGGGAUGAAACUGCACUGCAGCUUUUGGUCUCCCAAGAACAAGUAAAGCAGUAUACUCUAUCACUAGCCAACCUACAGAUGGUACUAGAACAGUUCCAAGAAAAGGAGAAAGCUAUGUAUUCUGCUGAACUAGAAAAGCAAAAACAGCUUAUGGCUGAGUGGAAGGAAAAGGCAGAAAAUCUGGAAGGAAAAGUGGUGUCAUUACAGGAACAUUUGGAUGAAACAAAUGCUGUGUUGGAUUCAGCGUCAAGACUUACAGAACAGUUAGACCUAAAGGAAGAAGAAAUUGAAGAACUUAAAAAACAGAAUGAGCUCCAACAAGCAAUGCUGGAUGAUGUACAAAAGAAAUUGGCGAACUUAGUAAACAGUGCAGAAGGAAAAGUGGACAGAGUCCUAAUGAGAAACCUCUUUGUUGGACAUUUCCACACACCAAAAAAUCAGCGUCAUGAAGUGUUGAGAUUGAUGGGAAGCAUCCUGGGUAUUGAAAGGGAGGAAAUGGAGCAGUUGUUUCAUGAAGAUCAGGGUGGUGUGACCAGGUGGAUGACUGGGUGGCUUGGAGGAGGAUCAAAAAGUGUCCCCAACACACCUUUGAGACCAAAUCAGCAAUCUGUGCUUAAUAGUUCUUUUUCAGAACUUUUUGUUAAAUUUCUGGAAGCAGAGUCUCAUCCAUCUGUUCCACCACCAAAGUUUUCUGGUCAUGAUAUAAAACCUCUAGAUUCACCAGGAAAGAGAAAACUAGAUACAAAUGUACCAGAAAGUUUUAGAGAUACAACAGAAUCCAGGUCUGGUAGAAGAACAGACAUGAAUCCAUUCUUGGCUUCCCGCUCUGCAGCUGUGCCGCUUAUUAACCCAGCUGGACUUGGACCUGGUGGGCCCGAGCAUCUUCUUUUGAAACCCAUCUCAGAUGUUUUCCCCACAUUUACACUUUUGCCAGUGUCACCUGACAACAGCGCUGGAGUUGUGCUGAAAAGCCUUUUAAAACAAUAG